AUGUCGUCGUACUUGGAGAGCCAGCGGGCGGCCUUCAAAGGCGCCCUAUCCUCCGCAGCCUCCAAGAUCCAGACCAAGAAGACGAUUCCACGAGCCCCCGCCUCGCCCUCUCCCUCGAUCGGCUCAACCACGUCCCGCAAUGACGCGGCGGCCACGACGGGCACGCCCCCGGGCAAGCGCAAGCGCCAGGACAUUGUCUACUCGCAGCCCGAGAACGUCAACUUUGGCGACCAGAUCGGAACCCAAAUGCAUUUCGCGCUGACGUACCUGCGCGAGAAGAACGAGCCCAAGACUCUGGACGACAUCCUCGGCCACUUGAGUCUGAUGAAGCACAACGACCAGUAUAAGGAGACCUUUACAGAGAUGAUUCGGCGCCAUCCGCGUGUCGAGUUCAUCCCCAACCCCGACGUGACGGAGCAGAAAUGGAACGUCGGCAAAUAUACCUAUCGCCCCAUUAUCCCGGGUGUCAAGGACAAGACGUCUCUCCUCCGAUUUCUCCAGAACCGCAAGGACGCCUCUGGUGUCGCCGUCAAGGAUCUCAAAGACGGUUGGGCCGACUGCGAAAAUACUCUGGCUGAGCUCGAAAAGGUACACAAGAUUCUCGUGAUCCGCACUAAGAAAGAGAACAACCCGAAGCAUGUGUACCUGGACGAUGCCUCCCUCUCGGUCGACAUCGAUUCCGAGUUCAAGAAUAUGUGGCUCCGUGUCCCUAUCCCGAAAACGGAGGAGUUGCCGAGGAAGCUACAGGCUGUCGGACAGAAGCCCACGAGCGAUGACCCAACUGCCGGCGGCAAACUCGUCACUGGGAAGCCCAAGCAGCAGAAGAAGAGGACGACCAAAAGACCUGGAAAGGUCACCAACACCCACAUGGAGGGCGUACUCAAAGACUUUAGCCAUCUUACGAAGCGAUAG